UGUUCUGCCUGUACACCUUGUGCCCGUCUCUCUUUUACUUUAUGUCCCAGCUGGGUCAUUACAAUAUGUUUAUAUAAUGCAUACACAAUUUUCUCAUGGAUUAAGGAAUUUAAGGAUUAAGGAACUUGUAUUGUUGACUGGGUAUUUCUUUACACUCUUAACAUGCAGAGCAAUUACUUAUAGGGAGGUUUCUCGCCAUUGUGGUGGGAUACCGACCUCCCAGACAGAGCUGGUGCAUAUACUUAUAAAAGGAUUGUCAAGAGUGUCAGGAACAGACACAUGAAAACGUAAACGUGCUUUAUCAACGGACAGAAGUGUUUUUGCUACAGAAGCUUAAGAACCCACAACUCCCUCUAGUUUGGGACGUGGUAUGUGAUAACAGUACAGCGAUAGAGAGAAAGCAUCAUGAAGGUGACAAUCCUGCUCAUCUGCUCCUGCCUAGCCUGCGGAGGCCUGGGGAAGCCACAGUUUCCUGACCAAGAGAAAGAUCCCUUGUUCUGGAACACAUGGGCCCAGCAUACUUUGAAGAAUGCCCUCACACUUCAGAAGCUCAACCAAAACACUGCAAAGAACCUCAUCCUCUUCCUUGGUGAUGGAAUGGGCAUUCCCACAGUAACGGCAGCACGAAUACUGAAGGGGCAGCUGAGCAGACAGAGUGGGGAAGAGACCCAGCUGGAGAUGGACAAUUUCCCCUUUGUUGCGCUUUCCAAGACGUAUAACACCAAUGCCCAGGUCGCAGACAGCGCAGGUACGGCCACAGCAUUCCUCUGUGGGGUGAAGGCCAACGAGGGCACGGUGGGUGUGAGUGCAGCUGCCGUCCGCUCCCAGUGCAACACCACACAGGGCAACGAGGUCACCUCCAUCCUCAGAUGGGCCAAGGAAGCAGGCAAGUCAGUGGGAAUAGUUACAACAACGCGUGUGAACCAUGCCACCCCCAGUGCGGCCUACGCCCACUGUGUGGACAGGGAAUGGUACUCCGAUGGAGAAAUGCCUGCUGAGGCAGUACAGGCGGGCUGCAAGGAUAUCGCCAGGCAGCUUUUUGAGAACAUUCCCAACAUCGAUGUGAUUAUGGGAGGAGGGAGGAAGUACAUGUUCCCCAAAAAUCAGUCAGAUGUGGAGUAUCCUGGAGAGAAGAAACACUUUGGUACCCGCAUCGAUGGAAGGAACUUGGUGGAGGAGUGGAAUAACAGAAUGAAAAACAAGAAAGCCCACUAUGUAUGGAACAAGAAGGAACUUUUAUCGCUAAAUCCUAAUAGUGUGGAUUACAUUUUGGGUCUGUUUGAGCCGGGAGAUCUUCCCUACGACCUGGAGAGAAACAAUGAGAGAGAUCCUUCCCUGACAGAGAUGGUGGAGGUGGCCAUCAAGAUCCUGAGGAAAAACCCCAGGGGAUUCUACCUGCUGGUGGAGGGGGGGCGCAUUGACCACGGACAUCAUGACGGUAAAGCCAAGCAGGCCCUGCAUGAGGCAGUGGAGAUGGACCGGGCCAUUGGCCACGCCGGCCUCAUGACCAGCAUAUAUGACACAAUGACUGUCGUCACUGCUGACCACUCUCACAUGUUCAACUUCGGAGGCUACACGCCAAGGGGGAACACAAUAUUUGGACUGAAUCCCAUGUUGAGUGAUGUGGACCAGAAGCCCUUCACCGCCAUCUUAUAUGGGAACGGACCAGGGUUCAAAGUAGUCAACGGUCUGAGAGAGAAUGUCUCCACCCUUGACUACGAGGACAAUAACUACCAUGCCCAGUCUGCAGUGCCGCUGAGUAUGGAGACUCAUGGAGGAGAGGAUGUGGCUGUGUUUGCUAAGGGCCCCAUGGCUCACCUGCUGCACGGUGUCCACGAGCAGAACUACAUUCCCCAUGUCAUGGCCUAUGCUGCCUGCAUCGGCCAGAAUAGAGACCACUGCAUGUCAUCCAGUGGAGCCUCUAGUCUCAGCGCUGCUCUGCCCAGCCUGACAGCUCUUCUCACACUCACCCGCCUCCUCUGCUGACCUUUCACCCCCUCCUGCACUACCCCUACCCCUCCUCUCCGUGCACAUGUAAUACUCCAACGUCUUUUUUCCCGUUGUAAUGCAGAUUUCAUUUUUUCAAUAUUUUUCUAUUCAUUUUUUUUAUUUUUAUCUUUCUGUACAGUUUAAUGACUUUGGGACCACUGCAAGGGCAUUUAAAGUUAGUGUUUUGAGUGUUGUUCACGUUCAAUUAGAUUUUAGUGUUAGGGAAAAUAGGAGGAUAUGACUUUCUUUCUACUGUAUCAUAUAGGAUAGGUUGUGUUAUUCUACUUUGGUUUUGAUCAUCAUUCAGGUAACACCAAAACUAUUUGAAGAAUUCUGUCAUAUCAGUGGGUUUAAGAGAAGGGUAUAUCUCUGAAUUUAUAUCAAUCAUUGUAUGGGAAAAAAUUAUCUCCCAGUAUUAAUGACAAAUCAAUGUUGCUGCCCACCUAUAUAUUUGUUGUCUGUCAAUUGCAUGACUAUGAAUCAGUCAACUUUUCAAAGAAGCCAGUUCCUUUUGUAAAUUAUAAACCUAAUGUAACGUUCCCCUAGAUUUGAAUAUGAAUAUAUUAUUUCAGCCACUCCUCCGACCUAAACAGAGAGCAAACAGUAAACAGAAUCUACUUCAUAAGCUCUCAUCAGAUUCCCUAAACAAUCGUGGAAACAUUACAAUGAGCAAAGUAGAGGCUAUUUUGAAUGUAUGGUUCUUUUAAAAAUUUCAAUGGUAUGUAUUCCAUGUCCUUUGUACAUACUUCCCGAAAGCACUGAAUGAAAAGUCACCACCUGUCAGAAUUUCAUACAAAAUAAGCUAGCCAAUCUCUUACCCAAUAAAGGAAAUCCUGUUGGUUUUUC